UACAUAGCACCAUAAAGUAAUGAAAGAUCUAAAAGUUCUUGUUCUUCUUUCCUGUUGUAACUGGACAUCUUUGAUCUCCUUUCUGGUCUCUACUUGUUCUUGGAUAGAGAACUCUGAACCUGCACCUGAGGCUGCCUUUUCAGAUUCAUGGAUGUGAGUAAGAAUGCCAUCUACUGAGCACCUGCACUUUAAUUUAAAUCUUAAAUUAAAAAAAAAAAAAAACGAUGAAAGUGGUAGUCUUUAUUCUCUUAAGAGGCAAAUAACAGCCUGAAACAUAAAUCUCACCUUUGAGACACAUGUCUACCAAAACUAUAUUCUAUACACAAUUAUUUGUGUAUUGUGGAUAUUCCUUAAGGAUGAUCGAGAAUUAUGUUAUACAAUGACAUUUCAGAAUGAAUCUUUUAAAUUAAUAAAUAUUAUCUCAAAUUUUAUAAAUGAAAAUUAGCGGCAGGCUACAUGAGUAAAAAAUUAGAAGAUAGCACCUGUAGUGUUAUUGAAGGUAAAGUGAACACAAAGAGAAUCAUUUACAUCAAAUAUAUAUUUCUGAAAAGUAUACUUUGAUAAGCUUUUGAAUUGGUUCAUAAGGAAGUCUGAAAGAUGGUCAAAUUCAGGGCAGCAGCAAUGGAAAUCAUGUAAUCAUUUUUUUUUCCUGUAUCAGAAACGUUCCUGCAAGCGGGAACGUUUGCUUUUUUUUCCCCUUCCCCUUUCCCGGGUCACUGCAGGUCACGUGAUGACUAUCACGUGACUCGGUCAAAGGAUCUUUUCCUCUUACAGCCUUGCAAAAGAAAAAAAAAAAAAAAAAAAAGACCGUUCUCCAAUUAAAGCUGUUAACGUGUACUACGCUGUUUCCUUGUUGGAUUUUCUUGUUCUCUGCUGCUACUGUAAAAACAAAAUGAGUGGUCCUGCUCAGGUUCCAAUGAUGUCUCCAAAUGGUUCUGUGCCUCCUAUCUAUGUGCCUCCUGGAUAUGCCCCACAGGUUAUCGAAGACAAUGGUGUUCGAAGAGUUGUCGUGGUCCCUCAGGCACCAGAGUUUCACCCUGGUGGUCACACAGUUCUCCACCGUUCUCCACAUCCUCCUCUGCCCGGUUUCAUUCCUGUCCCAACCAUGAUGCCCCCUCCACCACGUCAUAUGUACUCACCAGUGACUGGAGCUGGAGACAUGACAACACAGUAUAUGCCACAGUAUCAGUCUUCACAAGUCUAUGGAGAUGUAGAUGCUCACUCUACACAUGGAAGGUCCAACUUUAGAGAUGAACGAUCUAGUAAAACAUAUGAACGUUUGCAGAAAAAAUUGAAGGAUCGCCAAGGAACACAGAAAGAUAAAAUGAGCAGUCCACCAUCAUCACCCCAGAAAUGCCCUUCGCCCAUUAAUGAACAUAAUGGACUUAUAAAAGGACAAAAUGCUGGUGGUAUAAACACAGGAUCAGCAAAAAUCAAGUCUGGGAAGGGGAAAGGUGUUGUGCAAGUUGAUACAGAAAUUGAAGAAAAAAAUGAAGAAACUAAAGCAUUUGAAGCACUUCUUUCCAACAUUGUCAAACCAGUGGCCUCUGACAUCCAGGCAAGGACAGUAGUACUUACCUGGUCACCACCUUCCAGCCUCAUUAAUGGUGAAACAGAUGAAAGUACUGUACCAGAGCUCUAUGGUUAUGAAGUUCUGAUCUCAAGUACUGGAAAAGAUGGGAAAUACAAAAGUGUAUAUGUAGGAGAAGAAACAAAUAUCACUUUAAAUGAUCUCAAGCCAGCCACGGAUUACCAUGCAAAAGUCCAGGCAGAAUAUAAUUCUAUAAAGGGAACUCCUUCAGAAGCUGAAAUCUUUACCACCCUGAGCUGUGAACCUGAUAUACCUAAUCCACCAAGGAUAGCCAAUCGGACCAAAAAUUCACUCACUUUGCAAUGGAAGGCACCUAGUGACAAUGGUUCUAAAAUCCAAAACUUUGUAUUAGAAUGGGAUGAAGGAAAAGGAAAUGGAGAAUUUUGUCAGUGUUAUAUGGGCUCACAGAAACAAUUUAAAAUUACUAAACUGUCACCAGCAAUGGGCUGUAAAUUCAGACUAUCGGCUAGAAAUGACUAUGGUACAAGUGGUUUUAGUGAAGAAGUCUUAUAUUACACUUCAGGCUGUGCUCCUUCUAUGCCAGCAAGUCCUGUAUUAACCAAGGCUGGAAUUACUUGGUUAUCCUUACAAUGGAGUAAGCCUUCAGGAACACCAUCAGAUGAAGGAAUUUCUUACAUUUUAGAGAUGGAGGAAGAAACUUCAGGAUAUGGUUUUAAGCCUAAAUAUGACGGAGAAGAUCUUGCUUACACAGUGAAAAAUCUCAGACGUAGUACUAAGUAUAAAUUUAAGGUUAUUGCUUACAACUCAGAAGGUAAAAGUAAUCCAAGUGAAGUAGUAGAAUUUACUACUUGCCCUGAUAAACCAGGCAUACCUGUAAAGCCUUCAGUGAAAGGAAAGAUACAUUCACACAGUUUUAAAAUAACUUGGGAUCCACCAAAAGACAGUGGCGGAGCAGCCAUCAAUAAAUAUGUGGUGGAGAUGGCAGAAGGUUCUAAUGGAAACAAAUGGGAAAUGAUAUACAGUGGCGCUACCAGGGAACAUCUUUGUGAUCGACUGAAUCCAGGCUGUUUCUAUCGUUUACGAGUUUACUGCAUCAGUGAUGGAGGACAGAGUGCGGUCUCUGAAUCUUUACUUGUGCAGACUCCAGCUGUGCCUCCUGGCCCAUGCCUCCCUCCCAGAUUACAGGGUAGACCCAAAGCAAAAGAAAUACAGUUACGAUGGGGACCCCCUCUGGUUGAUGGUGGAUCACCCAUUUCCUGUUACAGUGUGGAAAUGUCUCCUAUAGAAAAAGAUGAACCUAGAGAAGUUUACCAAGGUUCUGAAGUAGAAUGUACAGUGAGCAGCCUUCUUCCUGGAAAGACAUACAGCUUCAGACUGCGUGCAGCUAACAAAAUGGGGUUUGGACCAUUUUCAGAAAAAUGUGAUAUUACUACAGCCCCUGGGCCACCAGAUCAGUGCAAGCCCCCUCAAGUGACAUGCAAAUCUGCAACUUGUGCACAAGUGAAUUGGGAGGUUCCUUUGAGUAAUGGAACAGAUGUCACUGAAUAUCGAUUGGAGUGGGGAGGAGUUGAAGGAAGUAUGCAGAUAUGUUACUGUGGGCCUGGUCUCAAUUAUGAAAUAAAAGGACUUUCACCAGCAACUACCUAUUAUUGCAGGGUCCAGGCUCUCAGUGUUGUGGGUGCAGGCCCUUUCAGUGAAGUAGUAGCCUGUGUGACUCCACCAUCAGUUCCUGGCAUUGUGACCUGUCUUCAAGAAAUAAGUGAUGAUGAGAUAGAAAAUCCCCAUUAUUCACCUUCUACAUGCCUUGCAAUAAGCUGGGAAAAGCCUUGUGAUCAUGGUUCGGAAAUCCUUUCCUACAGCAUAGACUUUGGAGAUAAACAGUCCCUAACAGUGGGAAAGGUUACAAGCUAUAUUAUCAACAAUUUGCAACCAGAUACAACAUACAGAAUACGAAUUCAAGCCUUGAAUAGCCUUGGAGCUGGUCCUUUCAGCCAUAUGAUAAAAUUAAAAACUAAGCCUCUCCCUCCUGAUCCACCUCGUCUGGAAUGUGUUGCCUUUAGCCACCAGAACCUUAAGCUGAAAUGGGGAGAAGGAACUCCAAAGACAUUGUCAACCGAUUCUAUUCAAUACCACCUUCAGAUGGAGGAUAAGAAUGGACGGUUUGUAUCCCUAUACAGAGGACCAUGCCAUACAUACAAAGUACAAAGACUUAAUGAGUCAACAUCCUAUAAAUUCUGUAUUCAAGCUUGUAAUGAAGCUGGGGAAGGUGCCCUGUCCCAAGAAUAUAUUUUCACUACUCCAAAAUCUGUCCCAGCUGCCUUGAAAGCACCCAAAAUAGAGAAAGUAAAUGAUCACAUUUGUGAAAUUACAUGGGAGUGUUUACAGCCAAUGAAAGGUGAUCCAGUUAUUUACAGUCUUCAAGUUAUGUUAGGAAAAGAUUCAGAAUUCAAACAGAUUUACAAAGGUCCCGACUCUUCCUUCCGGUAUUCCAGCCUUCAGCUGAACUGUGAAUAUCGCUUCCGUGUAUGUGCCAUUCGCCAGUGCCAAGACUCUCUGGGACACCAGGAUCUCGUAGGUCCCUACAGCACCACAGUGCUCUUCAUCUCUCAGAGGACUGAACCACCAGCCAACACCAACAGAGACACUGUGGAAAGCACAAGGACCCGACGGGCACUGAGUGACGAGCAGUGUGCUGCCGUCAUCCUUGUGCUGUUUGCUUUCUUUUCCAUUUUGAUUGCCUUUAUCAUUCAGUACUUUGUAAUCAAGUGAAAAUAUAACUUUAUUUUUUAACUCUAUUACAUUUUAUUUUGUCAUGUACUAAAAUUAUUUCUGUAUUGCUUUUAUAAAAAACAGUGGCAUUUAGCACUGGCAUUGAGACUAUAGCACAUCAUUUUUGCCAUUUUCAGUGCUUAUAUUGCUAGGUAGAGGCUGGCACUUUAUUAGAAUGCAAGCCACAAAAAUAUCAAUUUGGGUUUUUUUGUUAGGGUGGGUCUUCUUUUUUUCUUUCCCUCUCUUUUUUUUUUCUCUUUUUUAACAUGCCUUCUUAUAGAAAAACUUUCUAAGAGGCAACAAUUUAGAAUGGAUAUUUUGACCAAUCGGCAUGAGUGUAACAGUGAUAACCUGAUCUUUUUGUUUUAAAGAUUAUUACCAAGUGAAAAAUCAGAAUGAAUAGAAUUUACACUAACAUGCUAUAUAAAAUGUUAAAGUCUGAUGCUGUGAAAGCAAUCUAGUGCUAUAUUUCUACCUCCUCAUUUGUCUUAAUUAUUUGGUAAGUGGGAUUAUGAUGAAUAACUGGAGGGGCUUAGAAACAAAAACUGGAUGAAAGAGUAUGCAUGAAGUAAAGCUUCUUUGAUAAAUGUGGAGUUCUUCAUUAUAACUAUAUAUUCAUGAAUUCACAGAUAAGUACUUAAAGAAAGCACAGACAGUUUAUUUGGCCUAAAAAUAUUUUGAUGUUUACUCAAAAAGUACCUCUUCGGGUCUUGAGAACAUGGAAAAGAACUGAGUGCUUUUAAAUACUUUUUAGAAAGUAAUCAUAAAAGUAAAUUGAAUUUCAAACCUAUUUGGCUUCUAUUUUGUGAACCUUUGAACUAUAUGUACAUGUAUAAGGGUAACAAGUGUACACAUACACACGCAACAAGUGUAGAAAUAUGUAUUACACACAUACACUCACUCUGUCGGGUAUAGGCUAAUUUUGAAGAACUCCCAUAUAUUUUUGCUGCUUCUCCCAUAACUGCUGCCACCACCAUCAGAAUUCAUAAUCAAACCUAACCUUUUUGUUUGGGGCACCAAAUCUGAAGACAAAAUUAAUUUGCACCAGUAAACUUCAAGCUGCUUUCUUUCUUGAAAACUAAACGUUUAAUGUAUAAUGUCUGUUUGGAUACUGUUCCAAAUUGUUGAUUGCAUGUGGUUAAUGUUGCAUUAGAGCACUUUGCAAUUGCAUAAUUCAUUAAUGUUUUGUGAGCUUGCAUUUGUGAGUUAUUGGAUGAUCAGAUUGAAUUUUGUCAAGUAUCACAUUGUACAUCUUGCCUAGAUGUCAAUGACUGCCAGUAAUAAUACAGUUUAUAAUGAAACUAUAUACAGUUCUUGUUUUAGCACAUCUGUUAUCCGUAAAACACCUGUAACUAGCUUUUUUAAUUUAUUAUUUGAAUUUUAGGAUAGCAAAUCACUAAUUUUUAGUUGCUGAAGUUGGCAUUUUAGUGAUUAAGCACUUCUGUCAGUCUUUGAAAAAAGAACGUAUGUUUUGUGCUUUGAAGAUCUCUGAAGAAUUUCUUUUAUAAUAGAAUGGGCAUGUGUUGUAACAGUUUUAUGUCAAAUGAUCUGUGCUGUAGAAAAACAUUAACCCUUGUUCAAAAAAGAAAUGGAUAAACUUGGCCUUUCUAAGUGGUAAGAAUGACCUGUCACUAUAAUAUACUGUAUGUUUACAUUUUAUUUAAAUUUAAUCUCUUAUGUAUAGGUGAUAACCUUCCCCCAAAACAACAGUGAUUGCGAUUGUUUUCUAGAAACUUCUUUAAAGUGCCACAUUUGGCAGUACAAAUGAGUCUGAGUGUAAUAGCCCAGAGAUUUAUAUAUAGUUGAAUGUCUAAAAUGGUAAAAUGUGCCACUGUGUCAAGUGACAGUGGCUUAUGUUUUUCAUAGUAAUUCAAAUGAACCUCCUAUUUUUGAUAGUAAAUGUCAUUUAAUAGUAUACUUGCCAUUUGAGCCUCACUGCAAAAUUAGUGCAGAGGAGAAAACAAUUUUUAAUGUAAUCUUGAUUUUACCUCAUAUACUGUACAUUCCAAAAACUCUAAACUUUUUAAAGAUUAUAGAUACACUACCAAACAUAUCACCUUAAAAUUGUAUAAGGCUGAAUGAACUUCAUACAAAUGAAAAAAAGCUCAUAAAAAUACCUAAACUAUGUAGCAAAAGUAUCUUUAAAAUCCAUGGAAAAUAAAAGUUGUAUCAUUCUUUUUGAGAUAUGUUUAUUGUAUUCAUAUAUAUUCAUUAUUUGCUGCCUGUUUAAGAAAAUGAAAUGUUAUGGUCUCCCCUCUUCCAAUGAGCUUAAAACAUUUUUCCCAACAGUAUACAAAUCUUCAACAUGAGAGGAUGUAUAUUUAUUAUAUAAAGCCCAGUAAAGAAUGAAAUUAGAAGUUU